UACGGCGACGCUCUGUAGCUGUAGAUGCGUCUAGUGCGUCGCCUCCAAGACCUACAACAACAAAGGAUGGUGAACAAGUGUGGUUUCUGAAUCAUUCUGGGAUUUAUAACCUCACUUAUUUCAGAGUUUAACGCAUUGCCUAAGUAGAAGUUGCACGUGAGAAGGGACGUUUUUACCGGAAAUGAACGAACCAGGCACAAGCUGAUAUCUUCAGGGAAAUAUCUGCUUUCCAAAUAUUAAAAUGAUUCGAAUUGCGGCUCUUAAUGCUGCUUCGGCUGCUGCAGACGAGUCCCAUGACCCGUUGAGAAGUAACAAGAGCCAGACUAAAGAGGCCCAAGAAGCCGAGGCGUUUGCUUUAUAUCACAAAGCUUUGGAUCUUCAAAAGCACGACAAGUUUGAAGAUUCUGCCAAAGCCUAUCAUGAGCUUCUCAAAACUCCACUGCUCAAAGAGGCCUUGCCUUCAGAGGAUCAGAGAGAGGGUCUCAAGCAUCCCGGCCUCAUGCUGAAAUAUUCAACUUUCAAAAACUUGGCCAGCAUGUCUGCGUCGCAGGACGACUUGGAGACUGCAAUGGAGUUUUAUUUGGAGGCCGUCAUGUUGGAUUCCACUGACGUGAACUUGUGGUACAAAAUUGGUCAGGUGGCUGUGCGGCUGGUGCGCAUCCCUCUUGCUCGUCAUGCGUUUGAGGAGGGACUCAACUGUAACCCGGACCACUGGCCAUGCCUGGACAACCUCAUAACUAUUCUGUACACACUGAGCGACUACACUUGCUGUUUGUACUUUAUUGCCAAAGCCCUCGAAAAGGACCACCUUUACACUAAAGGCCUGGUGUUGAAGGAAAAAAUCUUUAAAGAGCAGCCUUGUUUAAAGAAAGACACGAUGCAGAUGUUCUCAAAAUGCGAUAUGUCGAUUCACUAUGUGGAAGUGGAGGAAGAGGAGCGCAGAUCCUUUGUGGAGGAGGCUCUGGAGAUGAGGAGGCGCAGGCAGGCUCUUUCUCAUUGUGAACCCAAACCCGACCUGGUUCUGACUGAACCCAUUCGCUGCCCCUCAUGGAGGCAUGUUGGCGAAAGCCUUCUUGCCAUGUACAAACACCAGACCACGUGCGAACCACCACGACCAAGUCUGGGCCGCAGAAUCGACUUGUCCGAGUACCGUGACCCCAACUUCCUCCAGAACCUCCCCCAACCGAGUAGCCCAGUCAGUAUGGGUCAGGCUCCUAUGCUGAGCAGCCCCAGUUCAUCCCUGCCGCCUGUAACCUUCUCUGAGUUAGCAGCGCCACCUCUGUCGGCUUCUCAACCUCAAAUCAUGGCGAGCCAGACGACGGUGGAGGUCACCACUUCUGCUCCCCCAACUGUGACAGGAAUGGAGAUUUCUUUGACGGAUAAAGCAAAGAAAGCUCCAAAAAGGAAACGCGUGGUGGAGGAAAGUGGGGAGACGGCCAAGCGUCGCUCGGCACGCGUCCGAAACACGAAAUCCAAGAAGGAGGAGAAGAUAGAUUUCCAGGAACUGCUUUUUAAAUACCUACCUCCUAGGUUAAAGAAGUUUGAUCCGGAUAAUGAUGAUGAGAGCCUGGGCAAUUUUGAGACACAGUGUGAGGGGAAGGAAGAUCUUCAGCCUCCACAUGGGAGUUGUUUACCACUUGACUCAGUUGAAUACAUGGACUCUGAGCAACAGGAUGUCCACGACUUCUUACUCUGUAACAUGACCAAUGGCGGUAUACUGGAUCUGAUGCUGCGCUAUCUGAAAGCAGUUGGUCAGAAGUUUAUGAAAGCGUGGCCUCGAGGGUUGACUGCUGUGGUGUUGGAGGUGUAUCAAACCUGGAGGAAGCACAGCGGGGGUCUGCCCAACCCUCUUCUCAGGGACUGCAGUAACCAACACAUCCGGGAAAUGUUGUCAAUGAGCUUGGCCUGCAUGGAGCUGCAGUUGGAGCAAUGGUUACACAACAAAGGGAAGAUUGUUACUCUGAGGAGAAGUUUAGGGGGUCCAAGCAGCGACGCAGCUGACUCUGAGUUUCCUGGGCAGCACUUUCAGAGUGAUCUGUUAAUCUUGGCCCUCGGUUCUUCUCAAAGAGAUCUGUUUGAGGAUGACUGGCUGGACGUCAUGGUACGCGUCUACUGGCUAAAGGCACGAUUCUUGGUGCUGCAGGGAGACAUGGAGUUGGCCCUUGAGAGUUACGAUGUAUGUAUAGGCCUGUUGCAGAGCAAACCUAAAACCCCUGAGGGGAAACAUUACACAAUCAACCUGCCUAACCUGCGUGUGGAUGCAGCCAUUUCUGUGGAGGAGAUUGACAAGAGACUGAAGUCGCUGGAACGCUGUCAGUCUUUAGAGGAGAUCCAGCGUCUCUUUGAGUCUGCAGACUUUGAGUCUGUUGUGCGUCUUCUGCACCCCACUGUUAAUUACAGAAACCGGAACAAAUCCCUGGAGUUUGUGAGCUCAGCACCGGAGCGUCCGGCGCAGCUCAUGCUGCUGCAGCGCUCCUUGUUGAAGCUGCAGGACUACCAGCAGUGUUUCGAGUGCAGCGAGCUGGCGUUGAACGAAGCCUUGCAGCAACUGAACUCCGCUCCAAACGGCUCUUCCCCGAGCAAAGAGGAGUGGGUCAACACCAUCGGAAAGCUCCUGGAUGGCAUCGAGUUCUGCUUCACCAAGGAGUCUCAGCUUCUAAGCAACGUCCCUCACUUCUCAAGCGUGGCUCGACUGGCAAACAACCUGAUUCAGCUGAUAGACCUCAGCAUGAGUGCUUCAGACGAUCUGAAGGAGCCUUAUUUCUUCUCAGUUCUUCCUUGGAUUGUCAUGUAUCGCAUCAUCAAACACGAGGAAGCUGCUUUUGGCUGUAUGGUUCGACAGCGCAUGUCUUUAGAUGAUGAUGAAGAUGAGUCGGACACGUCCAUGCUUCCCUCCUCUUUGAUGAUUCUGAACACAGCCCACGAGUAUCUGGGACGUCGUUCUAUAUGCUGCAGCUCGGACGGCGCCCUCCUCAAGUUCUUUAUUGGCGUUUUGGAAAAAGAGUUUGCUGCUAUAACCAACAGUGUCUCUCCUCCGUAUAAAGAAGAGUUGGAAAUGGCUUUGGAGCAAUGCUUUUUCUGUUUGUACGCCUACCCCAGCAAGAAGAGCAAGGCCCGAUACCUAGAGGACCACUCCUCUCCACAGGUGGAGCUGCUGUGGAGCGAUGCCCUCUUCAUGUUUCGAUACUUUAAGCCCAAGUCACUGCCUGAGUUUGACAGCUAUAAGACGAGCACAGUUUCUGCAGAACUGGCCAAUCUGCUGAGGAGGUUUGCUACCAUAGCCCCUUCAAGGGACACCCCCAUCCUCACUAUGGAUGAAGUGGCAGCCUAUGUCGAGGGCACGACAGAAAAGGCCCCCAGCCUUCCUGCGGACAGUGCCCCCCCACCUCCAAUCAUCGAUGAACUGUACUACCUGCUGGCUGAUUAUCAUUUCAAGAACAAAGAGCAGUCCAAAGCCAUCAAGUUCUACAUGCAUGACAUCUGCGAGUGUCCCGACAGAUUUGACUCCUGGGCAGGUAUGGCUUUAGCCAGAGCCAGCCGCAUCCAAGAAAAGCUCAACUCCAACGAGCUGAAAAGCGACGUGCCCAUAUGGAAGCACUCCCAAGCCGUGCUGAACUGCUUCAAGAGAGCCUUGGAAAUAGACGGCUCCAACCUGUCCCUGUGGAUCGAGUAUGGGACCAUCUCGUACGCGCUGCACUCGUUCGCCUCCCGACAGCUCAAACAGUGGCGCAGUGAGCUCCCCCCAGAGGUGGUUAAACAGAUGGAGGAAAGGAGAGACUCCAUGCUGGAGACAGCCUUUCGGUGUUUCCAGGGUGCCUCUCGCUGUGAGGGCGACAGUGAUGAAGAGGAGUGGCUCAUCCACUACAUGCUGGCUAAGAUAGCAGAGAAACGCAGCAAGCCCCCUGUGGAUUAUCUGCAGCUUUACACAGAGGCAGCACAGUAUCUGCAUGAAGAAGCAGCCAGGUACCCCCGUAAAAUUCACUACCAUAACCCUCCCGACCUGGCUAUGGAGGCGCUGGAGUUGCAUUUCCGUUUGAGUGCCACCAUCCUUAAAUUGCUGGAAUCUAAUAAGCCUGAUCUGGACCACGAGCUCUUGUUUAACUUGCUGGUGGAGGCAGCGACCGGACCGUUUGCGAGGGGGGAGGAGAAGAGUGUACCAAGCAUGCCAAGGUCAAAUGAAAAGGAGAAGCCCUCAAUGAUGGAAGACGACUUUAACUGUUCCUCAGGGAACGUUCUCGGCUCCUCCCUCCCAUCUGCUGCCACACCAGGUCUCUCUUCCCCUCCUUACGUGGCAACGCCAUUUGACCAUGAUUACGCCAAACGCAAAACACUCCGAAGGCAGCAGUGGCAGCAGCAGCGGCAUGAGGAGCAGCAGGCUGAUGCCUCACCAGGGUUUGACCAUGAUUACUGCCUGCCCAGGGCUGCAAAGUGGCUGGCUUCCCUCAAUGAGCGAAGCCAGGAUAGCGAGGUGGUGUUGCUUUCUGACUCCAACUCCACCCAGGAUGCCUUCACAGAUCCCACCAGCUCACAAGACACAAGCCACAAGCCUGCCUCGAUCAAAGCCAGUCCAUCGUCCUCAGAAAGCACAACCCCUGUGAAAGACGAGAAGCUUACGUCUGAGGACACCGUCUUACAUAGAGACAAUCCAGGCAUUCAGAGAGAAGAGAAAGUCAUCCUGGAAAAAGUUGAAACCAUGAUGGUGGUGGUAGUAGACCCUGAAACUGUCCCUAAAGUCUCUGCAGAUGCCUGCUUGAAUCCUCUCGCCAUCACAGCCACCCCGCUCACACCACCCAAACCAGCACCCACACAGCAGGCCGCUGCUCAGACCCCAGUCAGUGAGAACAAGAGGAAGCCUGAGCCCCCCGCUGAGGUGAUCGAAGUGCCCAAAGCCCUGCCUGCAGAACGAUCGGACCAGAGACGAAUGCUAGUGGAAAUGUGCAUCCGUGCUCUCUUCCUCUGCCUCAGCCGCUUCCCUCAGCAUUACAAGAGUCUCUACCGCCUGGCCUACUUCUAUACCAACAGCAAGACACAUCAGAACCUACAGUGGGCUAGAGAUGUGUUGCUAGGAAGCAGUGUCCCAUGGCAACAGCUGAAGCACAUGCCAGCACAAGGACUUUUCUGUGAACGAAACAAGACAAACCUGUUCAAUGGCAUCUGGCGUAUUCCAGUAGAUGAGAUUGAUCGCCCAGGAAGUUUUGCGUCUCACAUGAACCGAUCUGUUGUCCUCUUGCUGGAGGUGCUGUCUCAUCUUAAGGAUCACAAUACCCUACUGAAGGUCUCGUUCAUGCUGCACAGAAACCCUGAUCAGGGGAAGAAGUACUUACGGGAUGUCGAUCGCCAGGUUCUGGCCAAGAGAGCGUUCUUCCUAACUGUAAAAGUCCUGGAGGACAAUCUGAACAGUCUCACAGGAGUGUCGGAGCAGCUUCACAGAGCACCUGCACCCUCCAUGGGGGAGAUGACCACAGCAGACACGUCCAACAGGCCCAGCUCUGAGGACAGCAAACAUCCGCUACCUAAAAAGCCCGGACUCUCAGAGGGAGCCUCUGACUCAGGGCCCAGAGAAGCCUCCCAGGCUCAGCUCACGCCAACACCCCUUGCAACAGAAAAAGGGAGUAAAGUUCAGGAGGGCUUUCCUGGGAAGGUGGAGACUGUUGGUAAUGAAGGACACAAAGCAGGACCAGACGAACCCAUGGAGAUGGAAACGAGCCUGUGGAGGAAGCCCUCUACCACAGCAGAUUCUCAGGGCAACCAAACGGAGACUGAAACAUUCCUGAGCAGCCCAGACCCCCAGCAGAAAGUGACUGAAAUCAUCCGCACACCAGAGCUGUCUCUAGAGGAGCUCAGUAUCAGUUCAAGACAGCAGCAGCUUCAGGUGUCGGCGCAAAAAGUCACCGUGCCGUCAGGUGGAACUGAACAGGGGAUACUACGAAAACCAAACAGGAAACGGAAACUACUAGAGGAUGUGGAGUCCGGAAAAACCCUGCUGCUUGACGCCUACAGAGUGUGGCAGCAAGGCCAGAAAAUCAUGACCUAUGACCUCGGGCGCAUUGAGAAGAUCAUGUCAGAAACUUACAUGCUCAUAAAACAGGUUGAUGAAGACGUAGCUUUGGACCAAGCAGUGAAGUUCUGCCAGAUCCAGUUGGCAACCUCAGCACAAAGACAGCAGUCUGUAGGCGAUGCCCCGACUACACCUAAGUACACCAAGGAGCACAAAGACCUCUUCUUCCCCGCCUCUCUGCCGACUCCCGUCCUGCUCAGUCACACCACCUGCCACCCACUGUCCAUCCAGGACGGCCAAGCCAAAUCGGUGUGUGAGCCCCUGAGCAAACUGUCCCGCCCUCAGAGCUCAGGCUUCCACGAUCAGCCGCAGCCCAAAAGAGCCGGAGGUCAGUCUGCUGCAGCCAUGGCCUUCCUGCCACACACAGAGGAGCGGGGGGAGCCCUCAGAGGGGCUUUUGUACCGUCAACAGGAGUCGCACCUUUGCCAGCAGAUGAAACUCGCCACGGUUUCCCAGGGGCAGGAACCGGCAGCUGGGUGGUUCCAGGAGGAAACGGCAACAUGUAGCACCACGCAACCACAUCCAGACCAGCAGCAGUACGCCAGCAGCGAGCUGUCAAAGCUUCCAGACCCCAGCCGAAUCCGCUCCCGAGUCCCAGCCAACAUGCCAAAGCUCUUCAUCCCUUCCACCGUCACCAAGUUCCCACCAGAGAUCACGGUAACGCCUCCAACGCCCACGCUGCUCUCCCCGAAAGGCAGCAUCUCAGAGGAAACCAAACAGAGGCUGAAGAACGUCAUCCUGUCCUCUCAGUCCGCUGCCACCGUCAAAAAGGACACCCUGAGCCAGCCGGCGCUGGAGGUGCAGGAGACGUCCAGCCAGGAGUCGUCUCUGGAGAGCGAGUCUGACGAGGAGGACGACUACAUGGACAUCUGAGCCUGUGAAGACCUCGCUCAAACUGAACUCAUCUUAGCCGUGGCUCCAAACUCCACCAGGCUGACCCGUUUUAUUUUGAUUCAGUAACGGAGUGGGUCAUUUCUGCAGCUGCCUGUUGAUGCUUCGGUCCCCUCACGCAGAGUGGAAACCUGCAGUAUUUGAUCAGCCGUGUGGUAACGUCACGCUGCAUGAAGACCCACAGCAUAUCUGAAGUGUGCCAUUUAUGCAUCAGCUUCUCGACCUGCUUUACCCUGGACCUGGCAAACACAAGAAGACAGACUUUGCCUUUACAGCCUACCAGCAACAUGUUUAUGCAUCUUUUGUACGUCGUGUGCUAACUUUCUGAGCCGCAGCUAAGUGCUCGUCUGGAGCUCACCAGUCUGAGGUGCCUCGGCGUGAAUCGGCGCUCAGCAACACUUCCUGUCCUGCACAUAACCCUCACCGUGAGGUCUUUCUCUCACUGCGUCAGUAAUCUAAUGGAACGCCGACAGAGGGCUGCAUCCAAGGUUCAUCUGUGGAGCUGAAGAGCUACAACGCCUCAAAACCUGUAGCAGAUUGAAAAAUGUUUACAUUUGAACGUUUGAGAGGUUUUCAGUUCGUGGUAUUUUUGUACUGCCUCCGUCUCUUGUAUAGUCCUGUAUAAUAAUUUCUGUGUGCAUUUGUAGCUACAGCGACAGUUCUUUGGCCAGGAGGACGUCCCGUCACCAGCACUGAUCUAAACGGCAUGCAGAGAGGAUUUCAGCCGGUUAGCAAUUAGCUUUUGUACAUAUCAGGAUCCAAAACUCGCCAGGACGUUUGGCUUUGUUAGGCCGAGAUAAACAUCUUCGGUUCCAGCAGGUUUCAGGGCAGCUGCUAACAGCUGCUUCAUCUUUCCUGAACUCAGAGGAACGUGACGAUGAUGAGGAGGAGCAGGACUUCCUAUAAUUGAUGCCUUUUCAUUAAAGUCACUAAAUUAGUUUUUGAACAACUCAGAGGAAGACACACAGAAUGUUUUUUACAGAUUGUUUCUAUAAAAAGAAAGAUUUACUUUUGUUUCUAAGAAAAAGACAAAUGUAAACUUAUCACCCUGAGUUAUAAAUUGUAUUUUAGUUCCUUAUAUUGUUCAUCUUUAGGGGGUGUAAGGUUUGUUGUGGUGAGCCCCCCCCCCCCCC